CAGCGAGUUAACCAUACAUUUUCCGGGCCGCCUUUUCGACGAUAUUUUUUCGGAGCCAAAACUCGAUUUUUAUCAGUCUUCUACGGGAACGGUUUUUUUCGCGCUCUAAACAAACCAUCGGCGUAAUAUCGUGUCCAAUCUCAUACUUGGUGCCGUUUAUCUUCUCCUGUUGUAGUAGUGAUCAGUCGCGCUCACACACACGCUCACUCGCAACACUCGCGCGCCCUUGCAAACAUCCACAUCCGACUGUACUACGAUGGCAGCGAAUUCCGAUACAUUUGUAACCAGCAGCAGCAACAACAAGAGUUUCGCAGGGGAGACGUCCGAACAAAAGAUCCCGAUGAAGGAUGAGUCAUUCAGGAAGUUACGCGAGACAUUUGUCAUCCAAAGCAAAAUCGGUGCCGGCACGUUCAGCAAGGUGUAUCUAGCCUACGCGAGGGGUGACCCCGAGAAGAAGCGGUUUGCUAUCAAGCACAUCAAGCAAACGACACACCCGGAGAAGUUGCGCCGCGAAAUUUUUUGUCUACUGAAGAUCGGGGGACAAGAUAAUGUAAUGGGAUUAGUAACCUCAUUACGAAUUGGAAGUUCUGUUUGCUUGGUAAUGCCUUAUAUCAAGCAUGACCACCCAUUGACUUAUCUAUGCUCAAUGGAUGCUAAUGAGAUGCGAUUUUACAUUAAAAACCUGUUAAUUGCAUUGAAAAGGAUACAUUCUUUCAAUAUUGUUCACAGGGAUGUGAAACCAAGCAAUUUUUUGUAUAACCGUUCAACUUCAACUUUUAUGCUCACUGAUUUUGGACUUGCUCAUCCUAACAUUAAUCCUACUAGACGUAUGGAAAUAAAAAGUCUGCCUGAUAAUAAGUCUGAUACGUCCUCUUACAAACAAAAAAGUUCAAGCUGUGGUCUCAAUGUUAACCACAAAAGAUCUAGUUCAGUAGGAACCAUACGAUUAAGUUCAUAUCAAAAACGUAUCCUUCAAAACAUAGCAGAUGACACCAACUCUUUACCUCAUGGAUGUAAUUUAAGGAAAAGAACUAAGCUAAUGAUGCCUAAAGAACCAUUACUAAAGGAGAAUUCACCCAUAAAAAAACAAUUAGAUGUUCCUAAGAAUAAUAAUCCUAGUAAUCCAAAUGCCAUGAAUAGUUUAUUCCAUGAGAAAAAUAGUUUUGCUGUUCCUAAAGUGCAACGUCUUACAUGUGAUUGUGUUGGAAAAUUAAAAGUUUGUAAUAUUUGUAUAAAAAGACCAGAAAUGAAAGCUCCUCGAGCAGGAACACCAGGUUUUCGUGCUCCUGAAGUCCUUUUAAAAUACAAAUAUCAAAAUACUGCUCUUGAUAUCUGGUCAGUUGGAGUCAUUAUGUUGGAAGCUAUGAGUCGCUGUUACCCUUUCUUUAGUGCAGAGAAUGAUUCUACAUGUUUAGCUGAAAUGAUAACCGUUUUUGGAGAUAGGGCUAUUAAAAAUUUAGCCAAAAUGUUAGGUCGCAAUGUUAUUUGCGAAGUUCAAAAACCUCCUCUUGAUCUUCGGGCAAUUUGUCGUCUUUUAUGCCACCGAUCAAGUGUACAGACCCUAAAUCCAACAGCUGUUUCUUCAAGUGAUGGUUUGGAAACCUGUAAUUUUUGUAUGAAACCAAUACAACUAUCUGGCUGUGAAGUUUUUUCUGAUAGUUGUAGCUGUUACUUAAACGUUGCUGAUGAUUUUCCUUAUCCUGCAUAUGAUCUCUUAAAAAAAUUGUUAUGUUUGAAUCCAGUGACUCGAAUAACUGCAGAUAUUGCACUGAAACAUCCAUUCUUUAAAAUGAAUGAAAAAAAAAUUUAAACAAACAAUUUAUGGUUUCAAUUCUGUUGUUUAUUUAUUAAAUUUAAAUUUUUAGUUGCACUUUUGGCAAAAUGUAAAAUUAUUCAACUUAACAAUAAAAAAAUCCAUUAUUAAAUUAGAUCAUAUGAACAAAUUUAAAAAAAAAUUGAAUUUAUGUUGUGUAGUUAUUGUUUUUUAUUAAUAUCCAAUUUUUUAUAUCAAAUUGUAUUAAAAUUUAAUCUUAACAAAUUUUGAACGAGGUAUGUAUAGUUUUUAUAAUGUAUUUAUAUUUGUGUUUAAUGGUAAGUAUUAGAUUUAAAAAAAAACCUAGUCACACUUUAUUUAGUAAUCAAAAAUUUGAUUUAUACAAAUAUAAUCUAAGCUUUUUUAUUGUAUAAAUUAACAUUCAACAAUUUACAUAAAAUAUUGUUAAUUUAUUGAAGCAAUGUAUUUUUAUUCUAACUAAAAUUUAAAUUGACUUGUUUACAUAUUUUGGUAAUCUAGAUAAAAAAAAUAUAUUGCCAAUAUAUGAUAAAUUUCUUCAGAUAGUUUUAACUCAAGCUAGGAUUUAUAUUCAAUAUACAAUAGUAAGAUAAUAUGCAUUCCAGUUAGUUAAAUUACAAUAAAAUAUUCUAUAAUAAUAUAUUAAGAUAUAGAAUGAAUUUACUAAUAUUUUCCAAACUCAUACAGUGAAAUUAUCUUAUAAUUUCAUGGCAAAUUGAAAUUAAAUAAAGUUACUUUUUAUCUAGUCUAAAUUAUUUUUGUUACUCAAACCCACAGCAUUUAUAGAUGUUUAUGUUUUCCUUUUGGGAAAUACAAUAUCUGAUUUUAUAUGACGUGAUCAUGGCCUUUUACACCACUUUCUUUUAAAUAAACAAUAAUUAAUAAAUAAUUUAUGUUUAAAAUAUGUUAUAAUAUAUGUAACACUUGAAUUAUGCAAAGUAAAAAUAGAUUAUGUACAUCAAUAUAAAUUGAUUUGUGGAUAUAACUGAUCAAAUUGUUAUGAUCACUACAUAAUGCAUAUAAAUCCUAGCUCUAGUUGUAAUCAAUAAGUAUUUUAUUAUUAUAUACAUGUUAUUAUUUUUUUUAAGACCAUUGAAGCAAAGAAUUUGAUCAUAUUUUCAAAUUACAGUUUGUUAAAAGUUCAAUUAUUAAAAUGUUUUAAAUCAAUAAGAUGAUUGUUUUUUUAAUAUUUUAUAAUCAAAAUUAAGAUUACAAGUUUACAUUUGUGGAGCACAUUACAAGAUAGAUAAAUUAUUUUUAUUGUUAAAAUUUACUAUUAUUUUUUUUUAUUGUAUUGUGUUUAUGCUUACCUAAGUAAAAUAUUUGUUAUUGAAUAGCUGUACACUCACUCAAGCAUAGUUAAUUGUAUCAAGCUAUGAUAUGGUUAGAAACAUUGAAUGUUUUGCUUGUAUUAGGCCGUUAAGUAAUGCUACAUUUGUAUAUUUUUGUGUGUUGUUCUAUACUCUAAAAUUUUCUAGUCCACUACAUUACUUAGUAUAUCGUAUAUGUAAUGAAAAUUGUAUUUAUUAAGUUCAGGGUUGUAACAUGUUAAAAACAAACAUACUUUUGUUGUAAACACUUGUGCCAGCCACGAAUGGAAAUCAAUUGAACUGAUUUUUUUCAUUUUUUUAUUUAUUAUCGUAUGUAUUUGUAAAGUUGUAAUAAUAUUUAUUGAACCUUUUGAUAAGUAGCACAUACUGUAUAUUACAGCCAUUAUGUGGGAUUUGUAACUAUGAUAAGGGUAAAAAUUAAAAGACUGUUCAAUUUAAA